AUCACAUGAAGAUUGUGAAUAUGAGAAAGUUUAUCAUCGUUUGACAUGUGUUUAUCAAAACAUUCUUGGUUCCUUAUAAGAAUUCUAUGACCACAGCGAUGCGUAGAAUCAAGUGGUUGUCGGUUGAUGUGUAUUAAAAUGUCGGCCAGAUUACGCAGUAAAGAUAACCCCAAUAUUUGUCAGCGAACAAAACCCUAUACAACAAAUUCUAAAGGCAGUCUAGAUGAACCAAAUAGAUAUAAGUUAAAUAUUAUGGAUAACAUUUCCUCACAAAAUGUUGCAAAAAAAGAAGUAAUUCUUCCAUCUGAGAUGACACCGGAAUAUAUAGAUAAAUCAACCUUAGGUUUCACCAAGGAAUCUCAGGAUACUCCUGGCAUGAUUAGUAAAGAAUUUGAUUUUAAUGGUAAACUACCAAUAGUUUGCAACACUAAUACAUCUGACAAUAUAAUACAUACACUUUCACCAGAUUCCAAUAAAAUUAAUAGUAAUAGACCUAGAAUUAAACCUCAACCUAAGUUAAACCAAAGAAAUGCUACCAAAAUUAAUUUUAAUAAAGUUGAAAAUGAAAGUAAUAAGUUCUACAAUGGAGUUUGUUCAAAGGAUAAGAAUGCUAAGGAAACGGCUACAUUUCCCAUAUCUACGUCAUUGCAGAAUGGUAAUAUGUCAGCAAGUAAAACGGCUGAUUAUUCCACAUGUUUCAAAACAAAGUGUCUCGAUGGAAGAGUUAAUAAACUGACCAUGGGUGAUUACAUAUAUUACAACCCAAAAACUAACCCCCCAAAGAAUGGUCACAGGAAGAGAAGAGUGGAGACUAUCGUCAAACCUGAAGAUAAAAUUAUAAAUGCAGAAGAACAAGAUACUAAUGUCUAUGCUAAUAAGAGUGAUGAAGAAAAUGACAUGCCUGCACCACAAGUAAAGGUGGGACCUGAUGGUGAAAUUAUCCUAGAUGAGGCAAGUUUGAUGAUCGAGAAUAAACAAAUAAAAAAAGCCCGCGAAGAUAUACAGAAAUCUGCCGUCAUUAACGGUGACGACGCUUCUGAUGCAGAAUGCAGAUCCAAGUUAAAAACCAAUCGAAGUAAAUCUUGGACAAAAGACGAAAUAUUGAGAUUUUACAGGGCGCUGAGUCUAGUUGGAACUGAUUUCUCUCUUAUGUGUGAUUUGUUUCCAAAUAGAACUCGUAAACAAAUUAAAUUAAAAUUUAAGAGGGAAGAAAAAGCAAACCCUAAGUUAAUAGACAAGGCAUUAUCAGAACCUCCUUCUUGUGAAUAUCAUGAAUUGAAGUGGGAAGCUGAAAGAGAAAUAAUAGAGUCUGAAUUAUUGGCGAGCUUUAAGGAAGACGCGAGAAAGUUUAGAGAAGAGAGAAAAGAGCAAAAAAGGAUUAAAUUUAUUGAAAGAAGAAAAAUAGAGGAAGAGAAGGAAAUGCUUGUGAAUGCUAAUAAGCAACAGAAAAAAAUACCUGCUCCUAAUGUCUCUGCUAAACCUACUAGAAAGAGAUCUUUGAAUAUUUUUUCAAUCCUUAGUGAUGAGGAUUUGUAAUAAAUUAACUUCCAUUUAAGACUGAAAACUUAAUUUAUACUCUAAGAUAUAUUUAUUUUAUAGUUUAACUUAUUUAUGUAUAAUAAGUUUAUUUAAUUGUAGUUGAAUACAAAAUUACAUAUUCUAUGACUAUUUUGCAACUUAAAUUUGUAAAAUUGUAAUUGAUAAUAUAAUAAUAAAAAUUUAUAGUUUCUAUUUAA